AAAAAUAUUCGUUAUUCGCGAAUGAUUUGGUUAUUCUCAUUCGUCUUUUAUUUGUCAUUAAAAUGAUGUAUGACCGUCUGUUACUAUGGUUAUUAUUUUGUUGACAGUCAUGCCCAUUUCAUUCACUAUGCAAACAAUAAUGUGUUGUCCAAAAUAAAUUUGUACUUAAACUUACAGUGGCUCAAUUUGUAACAAAAUGAGUUUUUGUGUGGAUUUAGUUUCAGAAGAUUCUUUUUAUGAAAAUAUUACUUUGGGUGUAACUAAACUUUUAGAGUCCGACCCUCGAAUUUGCAAUGUAAAUGUGGAACGCCGGAUUCCUUGCGAUCGCGUCGCCCUCUCUACUUGGGAGCAACGACAUUCUGCUGUAUUACCUGAAGAUCUUCGAAAUUUUUAUGCCUCAAGUGAUGGAUUUUUACUUACUUGGCACUACAAGUACUCAGCUGAUCAGGUAUUGCCCGUUGGUUCCAUUCGAGUGAACUCCUUGAACGAACUAAUUCUUUCGCCAGCUUUAAAGGAUCUACUGGACUUCUCUUUUACUCGUCCGAACACGGGACCACGACCGGUUCUCAACACCAAGAGCAAAGUGUUUGAACUAGAUUCUUGUAGAACAAUCGGUAAGGUAUGCCUGGUGUACACGGGAGGCUCGUGGUCAGUGUGGCUGGGUACCCGUUCGGGCGCCUGGGGUUGGCUCGCGGACUCCUUCACGCAGUACUUCAGGAUGGCGCUGGUGCACCUCGGGCUGCCCGGCUGGCAGGCCGCCUUCGCGGGCCUGCCGCCUAUACCGUGGGCCGAGCAACUGUUCCUCCUGCUGGCCCCGCAUCUGUUGGAAAAAGUAGACGAAAAUCCCGUGGCUUCAUCGUCGUCCGAGGCGAGCCUCAACCACAUCGACCCAAACAUCUUCAAGGUCUCUGCGAGGCAGCACAAGAAUGCAUCCAGGCAGACCAAUGCAUAAAAUCAGGCUAUGAAGUGGGCAACUGUCAAAGGAUUGUGUUGAUGGCGCCAGCAUAGGUUUCACCUGACUUUAGUUUAAUGCUAUGAAAUUUGGCUUAAACCGUCGCGAAACUAUUUGAAAAAAAAAACUCGGCACACUAAGGUUAAGGGCCAAGCAUCCAGGCCAUAAAAAAACAAGUUAUGAGUAGGACUGACAGAUAAUUUUUAAGAAAAAAAACCGACUUCAAUGAGGGAGACCCGUGAUAGAACGAUUAUUGUUGAUUUUGGAUUUCAUACAAUGAAAUUAAAAAGACAGCGUCC